AUGGAUCCGAACGCAGUACAGGGAUUACGUGCACUGUUGAAUCUCUUAAACCAACCGAACGUCAGCAGGGAGGUUGAUCGGCUGUUUAGGGCUUCGACGCCUUCAACAGCUUCAGGAAAUCCGUCAACCCCCUCGGUUACUACCACGGCGGCUACCGGAUCUACCUUACAAACUCCUCCAUCGAUAAGAAAUAUCGGGCCGCUCUUUAGUGCAAGAGGAGGAGCGUCACGAGGAAGAGGCCGAAACCGAUCGCGUCCUUACACAAGCGUAGGAGCACAGUUUUCCAGGGUGGUGAUUCUCCUAGGCGACCCAACAGAAGAUGACGUACCACGUGGAAGGGCCAGAGGUACGAUCCGCGACGCGCAGCGCGAGGCUCGCGUCGCAUUCAGGACCGGGAUGACGUCCCAAGAAGUCAGAACGACCAUUCUGUAUGCGUUUCAAGCCCAAGGGCAUCUGAGAACAGUAACGUAAGUAAAAUCUUUCCAUAUUUACAAGCACCAAUAAAACAGCAUCGACUUAAAUGAUGCUAUAGUACAGUAGGUGACAAUUCUCAGAAUUCAUCGCCCAUGAAAUAACCUACGUGCAUGUUAUAAGAAAAUUGCCGUUGUAGUUUGACUGAUACCUUUUAUACACUACCUUGUACAGAAACCACAUGAUUAACCCUUUAAGCCCUAAGAUAGAUCAGCCUUAAAUUUCUCCUUACAAUAUCGAUGCUUUAGAAGACAUAGUGGUCAUGAGAAUUGAGUGCGUGAUCAGGGAAGAGGAGUCUAAUUGUCAUUUCAACAAAUUCUCCCCACUACUUCUAUUAGAUUGUAUGGGGACAGUAAAUGAGAAUCUCGAUUUUAAUAUCACGAGGGUUUAAGGGGUUAACAGUAUAUACGCUAAAUUCCAAGUUGGUUCAGCUGGAGAGUUUUAAAGUAUUUUUGUAUCUUGCAAUGAAUAAUGGCUUUCACUAAGCAAGGAAUGAGAGACACCAUUUUUUCUUACAAAACAGUGAAUAGCCAUAGAUAUUCUGAGUUAUAAGAGACAAUCAGAACACACAAAAUUGCCAGCCACUGAUUAGGUAAAUACUAAGUAUUGAUAUAUUUGGUUAAAGAACAUACACCUGUUUGUAGUAUACUGACCAAAAUCCAAUAAGUCAAGACAAAACGAGGAAAAUUUUUGGGCACAAAAUUACGUGCAGCCAAAAGUGCUAGUUGAGGCAUGCCAAAUUAAUUCUAAUACAUAAUAACAAGUAAAAGCAAAGAGAAAAGAAACGAAAGAACAUGUGCUAUAAAGUCGAAAGCAAGAAAAACAAAUCUCAUUAAUGCAAGUUGAUUUUUAGGAUUUCGCGAUUUUAUUUCUUGCAUCAAGGUAUUCUGUAAUCAACUUUUUCUUUUAAUUUUUUAAAGAGUACACCGAUUAAUUUUUGUUUAAUACACAUAUUUUGACAUCUCUCAUUCUACCUGUUAUCUCAUUCCAUAAUGAUAUUUUGUGCCAGGAUUUGGGACGGCUUGUCUUAGUUUUUCAAGAUUAAAUUUUUUGAUGUACAUGUUUUUUGUCGAGGAUGAUCAUUUGUUAUAAGAAUAAAUAGAAGACAUCUGCUGGAACAAAUAAAAAGUUUUUGAGGGUGCUGUAUUAGAAUGAUUAUCAUGCAUUGGGUAAGGCCCAUGUUCACCCUAGUGGCUUUGCGUGCUUGUGUUCUUGUUUUGAAACACUUCUUUUGUCAAAUUCAGUGUUUUGAUUGGGCAGAGUGUUCGCAUUUUUCACACUUGGCUGAAGCAUGACUCUAUAAACACUGAAGACAGCUUCAAAGCUAAAAAGAUCAUUUUUUCUGGAGUAUAUCGCACGCAAAGAUGCUUGGGUGAACAUUGGCCUUUAGUAGAGAUAGCUAAAUUGGUAGGAUAUAGAUAAGAAGAGAAAUGGCAUGAUCAUUCCUUUUGGAAGAAAAAAUGAAUCGGAUAACUUUUUUUCAGAAGCAAUAAGAUAUUUGUUAAAUGUGUUUUUGAGGGCUGCCAUCAAUAACAUACUACAGUACAAUGUCUACGAGUCUCCCCAAAAUGCCAAGAAACACUGCUCAUGCUCAUUGCUGUGUUCAAUUUAAGUGAGAUCAGAAAUUGAAAGCUUUUCUGUCACAUAGGGCAAACAAAUAUAAAUUUAAUGGUCUAAAAAAUCUAGUGUUGGAGGAAAGAAGUAUGUGUACAGUGUUACAAAACUGUCACUAUCUGAAAAUUUGUUCUAUGUGUUGUUUCAACAGAGAUUGCUCACAGUUUGAGUUUUUGACGUGUGACGAGUCGAACAAGAGGAAGCUGGUGCAGGUGACAAACCAAAACCCAUCUGCAAGUGAAGUCAAGACCUGCUGGCGGUCACAGUGCCCGAUAUACGUAAGACCACAGUAUGCCCUUCCAGUCUCAACGAGCACUGUAAGUUCAUUUUGGAAAAAUAUUCAGUUUCCUUCCAUUCACUUUUUAUUGUUGCAAUUUGUCUGUAUACACAAUGUGUAUUGGUGCCUCGACAUCCUCAGUAGCUCUCAUAAAUCAGGAGAUUUUUUAUUGUAAAAUAACAAGAGAAGGAUGUACAGAAUUCAGCGCUUAAUUAGAGAUCUUAUAUCUGGAUUUAAGCUUGGACAUUGCGUGAAGAUGUUCAGCUACCCUGUGUACAGACACCAGGGCAAUUUUUGGCCUACAUGUGUUGGUCAUGACUCUUAAAAUUAGGCAAAGGUAACGCUCUUGUAAUUUGUUGCUGAAGAGAAGUGAACGAUCCUGGAUCAUAAAAUGCUCGACUGGAAAUGUAAACACUAGUGCUUCUGAGAUCAAAAUUCUGCCAAACCAAAAUCCACAGGAAAUCGAUGCACAGUAACGGACCGACUUUAUUAGCUAACAAAAAAAGACCGAAGACUGUGUUAGAAUCUUCCAACUCUAUCAAUCUUCUACUCGUUAUUAAGGACAUUUUAACUAGAUAUUCUAGUUAGAACCUAGCUUAGCUAUAAAGGUUGAGAACAUCUGAUAACUGCGUACAUGCUGCACAAGGGUCCAGAGUUGUGUUGAUCUGUCAACAUCUUUUCAACUGUCAAUUUAGGCAAAUGUAUACCGGUAUACGAAUAACGACGGCGAUUCACAGAUGUCUCUUCUCCCCAUUUUUUUCUAUGGAGGGAGGACGUCUGUACACAGGCUAUCAUAAGCUAGAAAUAACAAAUUCACUGUGUGUCCUCUUCUUUUCUCCCAAAGGCGACCUCACCUGGAUCAGCCAGCCCAGGAUUUUUGUUUCGGCAGGUCAACUUACAGAAUCUGCUUCAAAGCCUGUCGGGCCAAGACACAACACCCACUGCAUUACCUACAACACCCACCACCAGUACACUUACAACACCUUCCACCCACACAAGCACUACUACCACUACAACACUUCCAACAUCCACCACCAGUACAUUCACAACACCCACCACAACAGUUACUACACCAUCCACCAACACAAGCUCUACUACCACUACAACACUUCCAACAUCCACCACCAACACAAUCACUACUACCACUACAACACCUCCCACACCCACCACCACCAGUACACUUACAAUGCCUACAAUCACACUUACCACAGCCACCAUCACCAGUACACUUACAAUGCCCACCACAACAAUCACCGCACCCACCACCACUGGCAGCACUAGCAGCACAGCACCUGCACCCUCUGUAAGACUGGCGACACCACGUGAUAGUGAUGAGGAAGGUAUGUUUCUGAACGAAAAAGUCACUAUUGCUACUAUAAUAAACAUCUAGUUGAUUGUAGAGCUGCUGGUCACAUAUCUCGUGGCUUUAAAAUAACAUGACAAAGUUGAUUAUGUAAAGGAAAUUGAGCCUAAACAACAUUUCUUAAAUGUUUCAUCAUCUUACUUUAAAGAAGACUGCAAGCACAGAACAACAGAACAUGGCAGUUCAGCAAAGUUACAGUUUUAGUUGUCUCAUUUUUUCCCAAUCACCAUGGUGACUAAAACGAGACAAAUAAUACAUUCAGUUUUUUUGGUAAUAAUCACACCUCACAAGACACUUUCAUUAAAUGUUCAGAUCUACUGCAUCCUGCUUGGGAGGUUGACAACCCUUCUCCAAUAUCACUGCCAGGUAUGACUUGACAUAAUCUUUUACACUUUAUAUCCAGAAUGCUGGAUAGGGUACUGUACAGUUUCCAUGUAUAUAAUAAUGGUUGGCUGGUUCAAACUUGCAAACUUUUUGCUUGAUUUUUCUCAGUAGGACGUGUUCAUAAUCAAUCAAUAUUAUUCUUCUUGUUUUAAACCCACCUCAACCUCCUCAUUGCUUAUGACCAUGACUGUUCCACCUAGGGUCUCCUGCAUCAACGGUAUCUGUGGAUUCGCACUCUAGCCGUGAAGGUAAGAGUAUUGAACGUUCAAUCCACACUCCAGCUUCUGUACAGAUACUUUGUUUGGUAACAAACUGAAUGGUAACAUCAAUAUGCAUGCAUACAUGCAUGGUAAAAUCAAUAUGCCUCCUCUUGAAACUCAAGGGACAGUUUAUGUGGAUGCCAAUUCCAUGCAUCAUACACUGUAGAAAAAAAAAGUGGUUAAGUAACCCAAACUUCAGUAAUGAGUACUUAGGACAAGUAAACUUAAAGCUUGAUUCUAUUAUUAUUUAUUAAUUUUUCAUCAUACCAAUAUCAUAUAUCUACAAAAAGACAAAGAUGUACCUAACUGUAUGUAAUAAAAAUUAAUAACUGUUCCAUGCAGGGUUCAUACUCUUUUGAGCUCUUCAAUUCCCAAGACUUUUUCCAUGACCUUUUCAGGUUCUUCAAGACCUUAGGUUUAGUUGUCAGUUUCAAAACUCUUCAAAAUUUCCCUUAUUUUGGGGUAUUUUUUGACCAUAAAAAGUUCAACAGACACAAACUCUGGUGUCCACCAGAAUGCGUGUCAUUUGCGCUGUUUAAUUACUCUUCUCUAUCUUACAUAGACCUUGCUUUGUCAUAUGCAGAAACUAAACUAACAAAGAAAACUUUAAUUUUCCACGUCUUUCAAUGCUCCAUGACUUUCCAGGCCUGCAAAAUAAAAUUCUUAAAUUCCAUGACUUUCCAGGUUUUCCAUGACCUGUACAAACCCUGCCAUGCAAUGGCUACAAAAUGUUGAUUCCAAAAAAUACGAGAUUUCAUCGAGUGAGACAACCAGGAAUUAAAUGGCAUGCAACAAUAGUACAAAGUCAAGAAAAUUUAACAUUACAUUGUACCAAUAAAAUGUGUGACACCAAAAAUUAUUCACACACUGUACCUCCUCCAUGGAAGGGAUUUUCCCUUCCCCCCCUACCCACCAAGCUUAAUACAUUCAAUUAAAUUUUUAGGCCUUUGAGAGACCCCCCCCCCAACCCCCAGAAAUUUUCAAUCCCUUCUGCGGGGGGAAUAUGGGUAUUUUCUAGAACUACACAAUAUGAUGAUAGGAUAGAUUUAAAGUUUUUAUGGAGUACCCCUUUGAAAUACUGGUCAAACAAGACAAGCAUGUUAUUCUCAGACUAUGUGAAUUUUCUGCGUACAACUGUAAUACAAGUGGUGAUAUAUCGAGGGACCGUCACACAAAAAUAUCUAAUAUUAGUGAAGACACAGUGUGUGAAAUCAGGCAUUUAUGUUAUUAUUUUAAGACUUUCCAGUUGGAAACACCUCUUUAUACCUUUAUCUAUUGUUCUUCUUUCCAAUGAGACUUUCCCAGAAAUCUAGUCACGUACUUAAUAAAAUUAAUGUGAUUGUUGGAAUGAGUAGUCUAAUCAUAUGAUUAUUUAUAUCUCCUUACAUUCAGAUAACAGCCACUCUCAAAUUGCUAUUCAAGGUAAAUUCAAGCUCUCGGCAAAGUUUUAUAGUUUGAUAAGCCUAUUUUGAUUUUCAAGUAUGUUUGUACCAAUAGAGUUAAGGAAAUAAUGCCAUCCACUCAAAUCAAUAUACUUAGAGAAAAUGUUUGAUUUUCUUUUUCCCUUCAGUGUCAGAAGACAUGGUGGCCCUGCCCACCUCAGUAAUGGUUACUGGUAAGUUAACUACAGGUGUAGCUGAGCUAAAAAUUAUGUUGUUCAGUAAUUGUUCAUUUGAGAGAUACAGUUGUACCUAGAAUAUGGCCUGUUUUAAUCUUACAUGAUAUAAGCAAUUAGCAACAACAUUACUAUUAUUAUUAUUACUAUUAUUAAUGUGAAUUAUGAGGAUUCUGGCUAUUUUUUGAUGACAAAUGACCAUUUUGUUUUUUAUUUAACUACAAGGUCCUGAGGUUGGGGAUGUAAGCCCAUUGUUAAUACAACCUUCUAGCCAAACCUUAGCUGGUAAGAACAAUAGCUUUUUUAAGUGGUAUAUUAAUCUGCAGUCCACUACUAUUAGUAUGACCUUCUCUAAUAAGCCUUCUGUUCAGUCGACUGAAUUCCAGACUUGGUCUUGUCACAUUGAUGAACAACAGAAGUCCGCUUUCUUUGAGUAGUUAAAAAAAAACAGGAAAAACUACAUUAAAUUAGUGGUGAAAUACCUUUUCAUGUAAUCCAUUGUUGGACAGAAUUGUCACACAGUAUUCACGAGUCCAACCCAUUCACCGCCCACGUUCAGCCCUAAAGUGAUGAUAAGUGAUCAAUCAGUCUCUUUGUUUGAGCAGGCACAAAGAUAAUGUGAAUGAUAUUCAUGUACUUUUUUUUCUCUUUGCAACACUGUAUCAAAAAAAGUAAAAUAACCAUGAAUAUAUUGUAUUUUUGCAAUCUACUUUGAUUUUUGUACCACUACAACCUCUUUAAAGCAAUCACCUGGCUAUUUCUUAAUGUUGAUCACUUAGUAUAAGCUUAGGGGCCAGUCUGACUAUCUUUUAUUCAUUUCAUAUUGCAGCUUUCUCUUCUGUGCAACCAGAGAUGUUCUUGGCAUGGAUUAAUGAGGUUUUUGGAUGGCAACAUCCCAUCAUUUAUACCGCACCAUAUCCUUUGGUAAGUCUAUUGUGGUGUACUAAAAAAAUUACUGGAAGUUAUAAAUCCUGAUGGUAGAGGGUUACCCCCUUCAUCAACUAAAUAAUAUUAUAGAGCUAUCAAAUAUUCUCAGCAAUGUAAUUACAAUGUUAUGAUCAGACAAUAUCCUAGGGUGUACGCUAGAUACCCCUUUUGUGGUACUCUUAAUUUAUAACAAAUCUUUCCUGGACUAAAUCUGUGGUCCCUUGUCAGUUUCCAUUAUUUCAGCUCAGCCUUACAAAAUAGUACAUGUAUGAUACUUUUGGAUAGAUUGUUCAACAAGCUGCACAGCAGAUGGUGCCCUUAGUGCUGUAUUUUGCAGAAUUUUCUUCCCCGGAUAUCCACCAGGAAGAUUUCUGUAGGUAUGUACAUGUACAUGGAAUUUCUUCAUAAGAGAAAAAUAAUACUUGUAGUAGACAGGUGUUUUGUAGAGGGAGUGUUUGGACCAGAAGGGAAAGCAAGCUGGUUUGCAGUCACAACUGCAGAAUUUGCUCAAUCUAUGUACAGUAGAUAUGCUUAUUGUCAGAAUUUUUCAGAGAUCGCUCAAAUAAGAAAAUAUGGAAUUAUACCAUGAAUCCCAUAAACCAAAAUUGACAUGAUCUGAAAUGUUGAUCGACAGUUAUUCAUCAAAGUCAAUUGAAUUAAAACACAAAAGCUGAAAAUUGCCUUUCUUUUUAGGAAUAUCCUGACUGACCCUGAAGUGGUUCGUAUAUGUAACAACAUCUUCUUCUGGGCAAUAGGCAAUUGCCCAGAAAGCCUUGAAAGUAAGUUGAAAGAUGAGAGAACAAUUUUUAGUUGCUACGAGAUAAAAAAAUCGAUAAGCAAUCGCAGUCCACAAACGUGGUUAGAUGAUACGAUAUCUUAGUUUUUAAAUAUUUUAGUUAGUGUUGUAUAAUACCCAGUACAAUUAGCAUCAAAACUGAUUAUUGUGCCCCUAUAAUAAGGAUCAGAACUCAUCUCCACUCUUUUUUUUUUAACAUAAACAGUCCAAAGAGCACUUCUUCAAGGCCAUCAAAGAGCACCAGUACUUGUUGCCAUCACCCAUGAUGCUUUUGGAAGGCAAAUGACCCCUCGCACCCUGACUGAUUGUAAGUGUCAAUUCUACAAUUAUCAUUACUUUUUGUUAUUCUAUAACAGUUUUUUACUGAUUUUUUCUUGUUACGAGUUACCAUUGUUGAUUAUUGGUAUUAUUGCCGAUGACUAAUUUUCAAAGUGCACUCGUUUGAAAAAAACAUAGUCAUGGUUAAAUGGUUUAAUGUCAGCAUAUAUGAGGAAGAUAUAUGAGGAAGAAGAGAGUAGGUCUCACGACAGAAGUAAUUUUCACUGGUGCUAUUUCUCAUAAGAAAAGGAAGACUAUUCGACUGCUGUGCAGCACUAUCCUGAAAGCUGCAAUUCUCUAGUAGAGCAAUGAAUCAUUUUGCAGUGUUAGAAUGCAGUUAACCUUCAAAAAUGUCUCUUUCCUUCAUUGUUAACCAGCCUACUUUUUCUACAUCAUUAAUUUAUGUCUCUAAUGUGACACCCAGCAACAAAACAAGCUACAGCAAAUUGUAUAAGCAUUAAAGUUACCGAGCUUUAAGUUUGUAAAAAUUUUCUGCAAGAUGCCAUGCAAGCACACUGUAACAGGACUCUGACAAUGUGUGCAAGAAUAGAUGCUCAGUGCAAUAAAAGAAAUUACUCCCGUUUAUAUUAUGAUAUGCAUGGUUUAUGGAAGUCUAACCUUCUAUUUCCAACUUUCAAACGUUCGGUUAAAAGGAAAAUCUUAAACAAGCCUUGAUCCUUAAUUUAUUUUUUUUCAGUAAGUUACAAUAAUUAUUACAAAAUGUGUUAAUUGCUAUUCAAAAUCUUGUCUUGAUAGUUUUAAUUUCUUUGGCUUAUUUAUUCUUUCAGUAUCUGCACAAGAAGUAGUUAACUUUAUUUGUAAUGCUGUGACUGUGCAAAACACUCAGCUGCAAGCAAGGUACAUAUUCUGUUAUUAAAUUCAAAAUGUAAUUCACAUAAGACCAUGAGGAAUCAAACCUUAUAAGAAUUAUGUUAUGGUAAAUACUCUAUUCAGUUCAACCUUAAACUGCAACCUGCACAUCUACAUGUAUAUUUUAUGUAAAACAAUACAGAUGCUUCAAUUUGUAACAAAAUAAUGUGCCCAACACAAGAAAAAAAAUUACAUUCUAAUUUAUAUCAGAGAUUUUUCUUUACUACCCUUUGGAAACCACACUUCACCACACAUUUCUGCCAUUUCGAGUUAGCAUUGUGGACUACUGAGAGAAAAAAAACUUAUUGUCUAUACAUGUAAGUAGAUGGAUCUUAACUGUAUUGGGGAGGGGAGGGGGAGGUUUGGGGGGGCUUAAAAAGCAGCCUUUUACAGAAUUCUAGCCUUUUGCCUUCCCAGCCAGAGAAAGUUUAAAAUUUGUUUCCAAGGAAUACAAGUCUCAAAAGGACCCCCAACUUGAAAGGAAGCUCUCUAAAUAAUAUUGAAUACCUGUGUUGGUUUGUUUAAGAAUACAAAUAAACUUAAAAUAUGCAUAAAAUUGUUUUCUUAGGACAAAUAGAGAAUUAAGAGAACAGCAAGACCGAGAAUAUCACGAAAGUCUUGCACAAGACCAGGAAAGGGUUAGUAGCUUAAGCUAGUAGUACAAAGGCUUUCAACACUAAAAUAAUAUUAAACCAACAACACAACAACGAUGCAAACAAAAACAUUCUGUUUACUUCAAUUAAAGAGGAUAUCAGGGAUAAAGUUUAUAUCUUUUUUGAUUUAUCCAUUUUUAUAAGGAGAGACAGAGAGCAGAGGAGAGACAGAGGGAAGAGGAGAGGCAACAAAGAGAGGUAAUUUAUGACAGUGUUACUUUGAUAAUUAAGUACUUAGUUUACUUAAAAUCAAAAUCAUUAAAGUACAGAACAGCAAGAAUAACAAUUUAAUAACCAUUUACAUCUAUUUUGACAAGCAGGUCCUUUUAGUUGUAAUAAUUAAAUAAAGUUUCUUAAUUACAAUAAUCUUGACCUUAAAGAGCCAUAAUUAAAAAAGCAGCUAAGAAAGCAGCCAGAUUUUUCUUGUCAUUAUCUGAAAACCCCUGGUCAAAUUAAAAUCUUACUUUUUCAUGUUAACAUGAGCUUACUCGAUAUAGUAAAUUGCAGCCAAUAGUCUAGUAAUGUAUUGUCUCUCACUGUGUUUAGGCCGAGGGGCUCAGCGAAGAAGAAAGAAAUAGAGCAGAAGCAGAACGCCGAAAUGCUGAG